GUAAAAUGGUAGUUUUCUCCGAAAAUGCAGCUCACCACUGCUCCGUGUUAACACUGCUCGCCAUCGGGUUCGAGAGAUACCAUGCCAUCUGCCAUCCGCUGAGGGAAAACUUUAGCUCCAGGGUUAGCUCCCAUAAUAUUCUCAUCCCUCUGGUGUGGAUCCUCUCUUGCCUAGCGACUUUACCAUUUGCCUUGAUCUACGGUACACAGGUAAACAUUAUUUUUCUUGCAUGUCUUGUUUACACAUUUUAAACGUUCCUCUCUCGCUGUAUGUGCCGCUUAGUAGUAAUAAGGUAACACACAGCCUGGGUGUCACUUUGAUAGCUGUGGGUAAACCCCAGGCUAUGAAAUAGCACGUACCCUGUCACAUCUGUUUAGGUCCGCCUAUGACCUGUGAUGCACCUUCCUUGCCCUGCCUCAUUUUCUGUCUCGGGUUGAUCCUGUAGUAUAAGCCAAAACGUGCCAAAGUGUACUCGUUUUUAUAGCCAUUUUAAUUUUUAAGCUACUGUUUCUAUAGUCAUUUUUCACAUUAUAGUUACUAUUCUAGUGUCUCUGGUUUUUUCAUUUUUAUUUUACUUUAGCAGUUUAAAUAGUUUACAUAUUUUUAAUAAUUGUAAAGCGCUUAGAGCUGUAAGGUAGGCGCUAUACAAAAAUGCCUAAAUAAAUAAAUACAUAUUUAGAAUAUCUUGUUACAUUCAGAGUUAUCCCACGUUUAAUUAAUGCACGAUUGUCUCUCUUUUGGAUAACCUGUAAAACAUUCGUUAUCCAGAGUUAUCCACUUAGUCUCCUGCUAGUUAUUUAUACUUAGAUGGUUGUCCUACUGUAAAUAACCGGCAUCGUCAUGCAUCAUUUCAGAUAUUUUCUUCUUUCUAUUUCUAUUUCUGGUUACCAUACUCUAAGAACAAAUAAAAUAAAAAGCUGUAGUUCUCCUAAGUUUUUAAACCGGUAUCUUUGAGCCAUCGCUUCAAGAAAAAAAAAUCGUCCCGAACGGGCUGAUCUUAAAACUAACUGUGAUGAAGAGGGUGGGCUGUAUCAUCCAAACUUUAAUUUAUAUUCAUGUUUACAAAUAUAUUUUUUUUUAAUUUUAACUUUAAAUUUGAACAAGAUUUGUCAAGUUUAGGACCAUUAAAACUUCGCUUUCGGCUAUGUUACUGUUACUAUUUUUAAACAAGGUUUUCGUUAAACAUGGCUGCUUACAAUGUAACUCAGCAUAUAUAGAGAAGUAAUAAUUUGUUCGUGAAAUAAACUUGUUUAAAAAGUUUUAAGUCAAGGUGAAGACCAACGGCACUGACUCACAACGACGCACAAGUACCGAACAGAUGUUGAGAGAUUGCCCAGACGGUGUGCUGGGGCGUUUUACUAAUAUGUUUCGACCAUUUAAUGAGAUCGGCCAAACUGUGGGCGCCCUGGUUCUAGUAAAAGAUUUCCGCUACUAAAUGACAAACCCUACUGAGCCGAACAUUUUUUUUUUUGUAUUCACAUUAUUAUCUAUAGAACAUUUUUUUAUUCACAUUAUUAUCUAUAGAACAUUUUUUUGUAUUCACAUUAUUAUCUAUAGAAAAAAAAAUUUGUAUUCACAUUAUUAUCUAUAGAACAUUGUUUGCUCCACAGUCGACAGAAUACAUUGACGGGAGUAUGGCAGACCAAUGCUCAGUGAAAGGCAUCAGCAUGAAGCUUUACGAGGCGUACAUUAUGUUCAUUUUCACCGUGUUAUUUGCCUUGCCUUUGGUUCUGCUUACCAUCAUGUACACGGCCAUAUCGCUGACCAUCGCCACCAGUGCCAUCCCGUCAUUGGAAGAGAAAGUAACGUGUAAAACUUCCUUCACCGGAAGUCGUCAGAGCCGUAGCCAGGACAAAGCACAGCACAACAACUCGAAAGCCAUCGCCGGCAGGCGGCAGGUCGUCAAGAUGAUGGUGGCCGUCAUGUUUAUGUAUUUCAUUUGCUUGCUUCCUCUGCGAUGCAUGCAGGUCUGGACACUGUUCGCGAGUGAAAGUGAUUUCAUAGACCUCGGGCAAGAAGGGUUCCUCAACCUCGUCAAUACUAGCCGCAUACUCAUGUACCUGAACAGCGCCACCAACCCGGUUAUAUACGGACUCCUCAGUUCAAACUUUAGGGCGGCAUUCAAACAGUCCUUCUACACCUGCAAGCUCAGGCGCCAGGGGCGGGGCAAAUACAACUCGGCCUACUACAGCAGACAACAUCACCAUCAUUACCUGUACCAGCAAACUCAAGUUACCAACAGCAACGCCAGCUGCUCGAGUGCGGACGUUAGAAAAGAGGCGCUGAACUGCAGAACUAGCGUCGGGGAAAACAACAAGCUUCUACACUGUUUACAAAAGACCAGUCACGGCAAUAAUGUUUUGGAAAGGCGUUCGUUAAAGCUCGGAGACUCGCCCGAGUCCGAAUGUAGAACAGAGUUAUUUGUGCAGGAUGGCCACGGUAGCGGUAAUGGGCCAGUUUUUGUUUGACAAAACAACUAGCGCGUCAUUGAAGUUGUGCGCAG